AUGACCACCCCCAAGUUCGACCAGUUUCCUUUAAGCACUUCCACUGUGCACCGUACCUACACAGCCUCACUUUCCUCUGCCCUUGCUUACAGAGGCUUGCUAGUCUUCGCCAAGAUGCCGAAACCCAACACCAUUGCUUGGUCUUCAUGGGAGAAAAAGAACCUCCCUCUAUGGCUGCUACGGCACCAACGGAUGACAUGGAAGGCAAAAGCCAAGGCAUACUUCAAGCAAUUUGGGUUGAAACGGACAGGUGAGGCGUUGCGAAGCAAACGGAACUAUCUACUACGAAAACUUCGUGCUGUGCAGAAGAAUAGGUCUAAAGCCUCCUUCAUAGGGCAUCGGCCAUCGGUCCUAUGCGAAGAUACCCCGAGAGCUUUUCCACCGCCUCCUCCAAUCUUCACGCCCAGAGCUCGCAGCGCAGAGACUUCCCGUUUAUCUCACAUGAGACAGAGCUUGGCAGCCUCCACUUGCCGCUACGCCAGAGGAGCCCUUGGGAGUGCAGGCCAGGCCCUACCUGGUUAUACCAUUCGAAUGCCACACAAUUUGAAAUCCGAUCACGGGAAAGACACUUCUUCUCUCUGGAAAUUCGUACAUCUUGCGGCAACUACCAGCAAAGCGUCACGCAAUGCUGCAACCUGA